UAUACCCUAAGAGCUUUAUUACUCUAAAGAAAGAAGACAAUGCGAAGCUGCUUUUCUACAUGCCUACUGGAUAGUAUCGGAAGAGCACAAAAUCUCACCUCCAGCUCCAGGCUUCAUCCAUUGCGAAAGACGAAUCUUAACCUUACUGAUGACACAAGUCACACAACAUGGCAAUAUUCGACAGAGUUGAUCAAUCCCGUAGUUGAACUCCGGGUAUCAUUACGUCUGAAAAAGGAUGGACAAUCACAUGUGCUUCAACCAUUACCAACACCACGGUUUUUGAUAGAGGUUACAGCUGGGUACGGGUCCACCGAAACAGCUGCUUGGAAAUGGAUGCCGUCAUAUCCAGCCAGUCACGAAAUGCGAUUCAAACCACCUUCGCAGCCCCACACAUAGCUCGGGCAAGCUCUUCCGUGUCGGGACAGAAGAGCAAGGAAUGGUGCCGUCAUACUAAAAUAUGGAUGACAUUUGUAAUCAUUCCGUAUUCGAAGUGGCUUGUCCCUUGGUGUUUG